GUCGAGUUGUUGGAAGCCGUGCAGAAGAUUAGAGCAAAACUGAAUGGUGCAAGCGCUCAACUGAUGUAGAAAGUGAGCGCCUAACAGAAUUGGCCCAGGUUCUGUGAACAAGUUUACGAAGGAUUAGCUGACGCGCAAAUCAGCUGAAUUUAAGGCGGGUAGUUAUACCUAGACGACGUUGCGGUCAGUUGGUCAAGAUGCCGAUAAUUGUGGAUCAGCUCCAAUGGGCCUAUCGCGGCAUCAUGGAAAACACGGAUCCUCGUGUGGAAAAGUGGCCACUGAUGAGUUCACCACUACCUAUUUUAUCGCUUGUGUCUAGCUAUGUGUACUUCGUGAAAAUCUGGGGACCGAACUACAUGCGCGACCGCAAGCCGUAUCAAAUUAAGCACUGGAUUAUUGCUUAUAACAUAUUCAUGGUGCUUGCUAAUGGCUGGUUCUUCGUCUACGGAGGAAGUUACACUUAUUUAGGAGGUGGCUACUCGUGGUUUUGCGAAGCGGCGAACUAUGGCUCGGACCCUAAGCAAAUGACCAUUAUUACAAUCGGCUGGUGGUAUAUGUGCUUGAAAAUCCUUGAACUCAUGGAUACCGUGUUUUUCGUGCUGACCAAGAAAUUCUCCCAUAUUUCUGUACUCCAUGUGAUUCAUCAUUCCCUCGUGGCUUGCUCUGUUUGGUUAGGAGUGAAUUUUGGAGCCACCGGGCAAAAUGCUUUUUUUCCACUUAUCAACUGUGUGAUACAUUGUAUUAUGUACGCAUACUACGCUAUGGCAGCAUUUGGCUUGCAAAAGUACCUCUGGUGGAAACGUUACCUGACCCAAAUGCAGAUGACACAGUUCAUAUCACUCAUCAUCCACGGCUCAAUUCCAGUUUUCUACGAUUGUGGAUUCCCACCUUAUUUCGGUUAUAUUACAAUCUUUGAGGCGUCACUUUUCUUUGUGCUCUUCUUCAACUUCUACAUGAAGACCUACAAUAAGAAAGCGCCCGGAACUAGUUCAACCAAAGUUAUUGACGCUAAUGGAAAUGGCGUCCCCAUUGCCAAGACAGUCAAAGUCCAGUAAUAUGCUCAAGUUUGUAUUCAGCAAAGGCCUGCCACACGCAUGUUGUACCCAGCGGAAUAAUACGAGGCCAUGCAUGAGUGACUAUAGUAACUAUUCCGUGAUACUGCGCUCUGCGGCUGGUCUCCUAUUAGUCCAACUAGUUAUUACUAUCAUAAGGUGUACUCGUUCAAUAUUGUACAUAAUAAGCUCAGUAAGCGCAUUAUUCGUCAGAAUCCGUAGGCUGGCGUUGCUGGCAAUCAUAAACCCAUUUUCUCACCAUCGCUGCCAAGUGGUCAAUAGCUUAGCAGCUCAAGUAACAUUGCCAUUAAAGGCUAGGUUACUUGUAAAUUGGAGCUGCCGACGCUGAAAUUGUUUGACACACACCUUUGCAAAGAUUAGUGAGAAUCUAAUGGGCCUGUAUGGAAUCUCCAGCACUUGGUGUUUCGUCUAAGUGUCUUGUUGAGUGUAUCUGUUUUAUCGGAAACAUUCUUUUUGAGCUACCUCAUCAAUCACCAUUCAUUUAGCCCAACUAAAGGGUUGCUCGUAAUCGAUUCAUCUGUCUGCCAAUUUAUCAUUUUAGGUCAACUGAUGCAAAUAGCAAGCGUUAUUGUAAAAUGUCGUUUGUAUCUCCGAUUAUUGUUAUUACUAUGUAGAUAUAACGUUUUCAUAUAGUACGAAACGAAUACUGAGUUUUGGUCGAGCGAUGUUCUUGACGUACAAUGCUCCUUGCAUUACCAUAGCAAAAUACACCGCGUUCUUGCCAAUUCUUUUACUUAUUGGGGUAUUUCGUGUUUGCUUAUCAAUAUCGUUUUGUGCACCGUUAGAGAAAGUAAUUAGUAACUAGCGCAAUAGCUGGUGGAUCCUCUACUCGUCAAAAAAUAUACGACGGGAACAUCGGUCGCUUAAUUUAUACGCUUUAUUUUCGUGUUCAUACAUAUGCCCAAUUUCAUCACGAUUAUACCGCUGUAUUUCGCCGUCACACUUUUGGACAAUUUGCUAACGACGUAAUUUAGGAAUCAUCUAGACUAACGUCCAUGUCGGCUAGAUGCAGGUGAAAAUCAAAUAUAAGUCCUGCAAACUACUGACAAUAAAUCUUACUUAGAAUCUGAUUUGCUUCAUCGAACGAACGCACUCUCACUCUUCGCAAGGAAAUAUUAUUCCGAGGUUCGUCGAUGUCGCCCAUCACGGCACAAAAUAAUUUCGUGGCAACCGAAAAGCAAGCUUCGAAAACUAAUAACACUCUUGAUCACUCUGGCCUAAGCACCGCAGCGGUAUUAAGAACAAGAACGCCACUAUAUGUAAAUAAUUACAAUGAAAUAAAUAUAUACCAACGAAUUAAUUAAUCUCUUCUUACUGAAUAUGGUAAAU